CUCUCAUUGGCCGAUUUAAAAAUCUCCAAGCGAUGUGAUUGGUUGCUUUUUGAAUUCCGUCAACGCGGCCAGUUUGAACCAGGGAAAUCCUUUAGCAACUGCACACUCUCUUCACGUCUUCUCAGUGUCAAAUAAAAAAAAAUCAACUUUUGAUCAGUUGACAAUGGAAGACUACCUGAAGAUAGAAAAAAUUGGUGAAGGUACGUACGGUGUGGUGUAUAAGGGCCGGCACAAAUCCACAGGCCAGGUGGUGGCUCUGAAGAAGAUUCGAUUGGAGAGUGAAGAGGAGGGUGUGCCUAGCACUGCUGUACGAGAAAUCUCGCUGCUCAAGGAGCUACAGCAUCCCAAUGUCGUACGACUGCUGGAUGUGCUGAUGCAGGAGUCCAAACUGUAUUUGGUGUUUGAGUUUUUGUCAAUGGAUCUGAAGAAAUACUUGGACUCUAUUCCCUCAGGCCAGUACAUGGACCCUAUGCUUGUCAAGAGUUACCUGUAUCAGAUCCUAGAGGGGAUUCUGUUCUGUCACUGCCGUCGAGUUCUGCAUCGUGACCUGAAGCCGCAAAACCUGCUAAUCGAUAACAAAGGUGUGAUAAAGCUGGCGGAUUUCGGCUUGGCCCGUGCCUUCGGAGUGCCUGUCCGAGUCUACACGCACGAGGUUGUGACCCUGUGGUACAGAGCCCCUGAGGUGUUGUUGGGAGCCUCUCGUUAUUCCACUCCUGUCGACGUUUGGAGCAUUGGCACCAUCUUUGCUGAGCUCGCCACCAAGAAGCCCCUGUUCCACGGAGACUCUGAGAUCGACCAGCUCUUCCGCAUCUUCAGGGUUCUAGGUACUCCAAAUAAUGAGGUGUGGCCAGAUGUAGAGUCUCUUCCUGACUAUAAGAACACUUUCCCCAAGUGGAAGCCUGGCAAUCUGGGAGGCAUCGUUAAGAAUCUCGACAAGAACGGCAUCGACCUGCUUGGGAAAAUGCUCACCUAUGACCCUUUAAAGAGGAUUUCUGCACGCCAGGCUAUGACUCACCCCUAUUUCGACGAUUUGGAUAAAACCACUCUACCUGCCAGCAACCUCAAAAGCUAAAGAGUAACCCACUCUUAUACACGUUACACCCGAAUAAAAACCUCAAACCAAACAAGCGACAUCGGGCAUCAGAACUGGGCGUUCUGCCGCAGCGUCUAAAAUCAUAACGGACCAGAACCUCGCCUGUUUGGAGGAAUUAGGAAUUCCAACCAGCGGUUCCCAGUGCAAAUAUGUUUAUAUUUGACCUCGAAAGCUCUUUCCUGCCCUGAUGCAGACUUUACCAUCUGAUGAAAAUGCAAUAUCCCUUUUCCUUUUGUAUGUAUGUUUUGUUUUUGUACGUGUUUUUUCUAUUCUUCCUUUAUCCUUUAAUUAAAUGUUCUAUAUGUUGAGUUUGAA